GCUUCACGUAUUAAUAUAUAGAUGUAUGCAUUUCAGACUUCAAUCGAGGCUCAUUGAAGAGUUGCUGCCCGGUCGCCCACUGGAGAACCCACGGCACCCUAAGAGGGCAAGGGUGCUCCCUCCUAAGGUCGGGAAACACCCAGGAUCGGAGUUCUGGAGACCGGACCUGGAUGCUUCGGUGCCAUCACCUGCCCUAUAUUUACAAUGUGGGCCUGGGAGUAGCCGGGCUAGCACCCCGGUCAUGGAGUGGCCCGGGACUAGCGGGGCCAGCACUCCGGUUAUGGAGCGGCCCGGGCUUAGCGGGGCCAGCACUCCGGUUAUGGAGCGGCCCGGGCCUAGCGGGGCCAGCACCUCAGCCACCGAGCGGCCCGGGACUAGCGGGGCCAGCACCUCGGCCACCGAGCGGCCCGGCACUAGCGGGGCCAGCACCUCGGCCACCGAGCGGCGUGUUAUCCCUUCGUCCUCUCGACCUCCUCGUCCUCUUCGCGAAGACGAAAUUAUAGCACUGCUGAAUUACGGCAGCGAAGAGGACUCUGAGGGAGAGGACGAAGAAAUCCUGCAGCCGUCGCUGGUUCCCCGGGCGACCAGGAUGUGGCUGGACGAAGAGGAUGAGGAAGUUGAAGAGGAAGCGGAGAGGCUUAAUAUUAAUUUGGAGUGGCCUCGACCUCCUCAACCUCUUCGUCCAUCCGCAUCUGCUCCAGUGGACGUCUCACCGACGUCCACAUUAGAUCCUAUAUAUAAGUUUAAAUUCGAAUGGAGAAAUAUCUCAAUGCCUCAAAUAGAACCUCAUUUAAGGCGAGAGCUUUUCUCCGAAAUUAUUGGUCCAUCGGUUUCUUUCGCGACUCCGUACGAUGCAUUUAUUGCCAUAUGGGAUCGUGAAAUUAUGCAAGUCAUAGUCACGGAAACCAACAUUUAUGCACAGCAGCUGGCAACGGCCAUGUUGGCGAGUGGGACGAUCGGCCCUCAUAGUCGGAUUACUCGAUGGCAAGAUACGAAUGUAGACGAACUUUACACGUAUUUUGCCAUCGUUCUGGCUAUGGGGGUGGUCGUCAAAAGCUGCUUAGAAGAUUAUUGGCAUACCGCUCGGGAUAUUUUUUAUACUCCGGGCUUCGCAGCGGAUAUGUCAUAUGACCGUUUUCAGCUGCUGUCCAAAUGCCUCCAUUUCAAUAAUAAUGAGUAUUGCGACAUUACAAUGUUGACACGACGCCAGGCCAAGCUCUACAAAAUUCAGCCCAUAGUAGACCAUUUAAAUACAAAAUUUUCGGAGCUGUACAAUUUGAGUCGAAAUUUAGCAGUGGAUGAGAGUUUGACGAUGUGGAAGGGCUGGCUUGAUAUAAACCAGUUCAUUCCUAACAAGGCAGCGACAAUUGGGAUCAAAACUUAUGAAGUGUGUGAAUCGCGGAGUGGUUACCUGUGGCGGUUUGAAGUUCACGCAGGCCAUGACAUCUCGACUUCACAGGACGAUCCAAUUUCUGGCACAGUACCAGCUCUCGUGCUCAGACUUUUAAGUGGUCUUGAGCAUAAAGGGCACACAAUAUGGAUGGAUAAUUUUUAUAACUCUCCAGCGCUAGCCCGAGAACUUAAGACCCGCGGCUUUGACUGCGUGGGCACACUGCGGACUAACCGACAAUUUGUGCCGUACGAAUUGACGUCCCUUACAAAAAAGGAUAUGACAGUCGGUCAAGUGACGGGAUGCACCUCGGGAGAUGUGGAUCUUUUGGUGUGGAAAGAUAAAAACCGGGUGGCUUUUAUUUCCACAUACCAUGGUCUCGCAUCUGUUAGGUUUGAGGAAAGACUGAAGCCGACUGUCGCUUGCGAUUAUAACGUUUGUAUGGGCGGAGUAGACCGCAAAGACCAGCAGCUCGCAAUGUACCCCAUAGAAAGAAGAAGGACAAGAGUUUGGUACAAGAAGUUGUUUAGAAGGCUCUUAAACGCUAGUGUCUUGAACUCACACAUACUACACCAAGAUCAUUCAUUUUCACAUCGUAAUUUCCGGACGGUGUUGAUCACUCAAUUAUUGACUAGACAUAGAAAACGUCCUCCACCUAGCACACAACUCACACCAACACAAGUGCAUUGCCCGGCACAAUAUGACUUGAUCAAAAGCGGAAAAUCCGACCGCCUUAGGCAAGCAUGUAUCGUCUGCUCCAAGUGGACUAAUUCAUAUUGUAGAGCCUGUAACCAGGCAAUGUGCACCUACUCCUGCUACGGGAUACACCACGCCACAAAUUGACACUUUACCGCUCAUUGACACUUUUUAUACACACACGCCCACGCACACACACAGGGUAUAUAGGCACUAGUGUUAAAGAUAUUUCUUGUAGCCAGACGAACAUACCUGAUGGUGAGUGGUUACCAUAAAAAGUUGCGACGAGCAUACCUGAUGGUAAGUGGUUACCGUAAAAAGUUGGUGGUUUGUUAUUGUUACCAUUCAUAUUGUUGCACAGUACUAAAAAAAUGCUGCAUGUGUUGUACUUUUUUUUUGUUAUUUGCCGAGUUAUGGCCAGCGUCGUGUCAACAAUGGAAUUCACAAUUAUUUAUUAAAUAUAUUGGCACAUAAAUUAAGUAUCAAUUGGAUCAUUGUGAGUGUUGGGUUAUUGUAUUUCACAAUUUAAUUUAUGUGCGAUCUUUUAACUGUAUGGUAUCUAGGUACGAUUAAUUGCAAGUUACCUAGUUGUUAUAAUUUUUUUUUCAUCGCCAAAUCACUA